CGUUAAAAAGUAAACUUUUUAUUUACUUGAAUUAUAUUCUGAAACUGUCAAGUUCCUUUUCUGGAGAACAUGGAAACAAAAGUUGGAAUGGGGACAAAUGCAAAAUGACUCGAGUUUGCAUUUGUGCUCUAGAAAGAAAAUACAGCGGACUUAAUCCAAACACAAAUUGAAGGCCAAAUAGAUUGUUACAGGAAACUUUGACUACUUCAAGGUCCAUAGUUCACAUUUUAGACUGCUAAACACUUUAAGCCGGCUGUGGAAGAUGCCAAGCAAUACAAUGCCAAAAUUUCCAGUUAAGACAUCAUUUUUUAACUAUACUGGUGCUUACCAAAUACCAAAUCAGGUCUGCAAAAGAAAUGUUAUUCACAAAAUUACAACCAGAAAUUAAGCCUUAAAAUGAUGGUGUGGGGCAUCAUCAUCUAACAAAUGCCUUGUCGACGGAGGCAAAGCACUUUAAAUAUUGGUGUCAGCUUUGCUUAUAUACCAAUAAGAAGUACAAGGAAUCCUUCAAGCUCCAAGAAAGCAUGGAGUCAUUCAAACUCUGGAUCUCCCUUCUUGUCCUUCAGACUCUCUUGAGUAUUUCACGUACAACCGCGGUAGUUUCAGCAAACUGCCCUGUGGUUUUCAGAGAAUAUAUUGGAGCUCUAGGAAAGAAUGUCACAUUCUCUGACGUCCCAAUUAAUCCAAAUGUUGAGUUUCACUUCCUCCUCUCCUUUGCCAUAGACUACACAAACACAAAUUCACCACAACCCACUAAUGGUAACUUCCUGAUAUAUUGGGACGCUGAUAACCUCACGCCUUCUCAUAUUUCUUCCAUCAAGGCCAAGCAUAAAAACGUUAAGGUAGGUAUGAGUCUUGGUGGUGAUUCAGUGAAUGGUAAAAAUGCCACCUUUGCUCCUACAUCAAUUACAUCUUGGGUGAGAAAUGCAAUAUAUUCAAUCACCAAGAUAUCAAAAGAGUAUCACCUGGAUGCAAUAGAUAUAGAUUAUGAACACUUCAAUGUGGAUCCCAAUACAUUUGCAGAGUGCAUCGGACGACUGUUAUACUUCCUUAAACAAAAUAAUGUCAUCUCUUACACAUCAAUAGCACCAUAUGCAGAUGAUUCAGUGCAGGAGCAUUAUUUAGCACUCUGGAGAAAGUAUAGUCAUCUAAUAGACUAUGUGAACUUCCAAUUUUAUGCCUACGCGAAGGGCACAACUAUUCCUCAAUUCCUGCAGUACUUUGAGACCCAGAGAUGUAACUAUAAAGGAGGCAAGGUUCUUGUGAGCUUUGGAACUAAUAAUAUUGGAGGUUUGUCUCCUGAAAAUGGAUUCUUUGAUGCAUGCACCAUACUAAGGAGACAAGGAAAGCUUCAUGGUAUCUUUAUUUGGUCUGCAGAUAACUCUAUGAAGGAUCAUUUCCUAAAUGAAAAGCUUUCACAGGACCUCUUAGCAAGGGCAACUUAAAUAUCUUGCAACUAUUUAAGACAAUCUUUUGUAGACCAUCACAACAGAUAAAAAUUGGAAUGGAAGAAUGUUAUUUUUUA